AACAGCAGCAACAGAGAGUCAGUAUUUGAACCAAAAGCCACAGACAAGAACGGAAGAACAUUUGAACAUUUCUACAAAAGAUGGAACGAGGGCUGACUUUGAUUCUGCUGUCUCCAGUCCUGUUUUUUGCCACUGUGACAUCUGACAAUGUAUGUCCCAGACCUAAGUUGGGUGCCAACAUCAAUGUGGCUGGGCUCCAGAGUUCCUUUAGCCCCGGUACGGAGGUAGUGCUGUCCUGCAAACAAGGAUACACCCCUAUCUCGGGCCCUCGCACAAUUGUUUGCACUGCCAGCGGAGGGUGGACAAGCACCAAGUUUCUGUGCAUACCAAAGAAGUGUCCUUACCCUGAUCCACCAUCUAAUGGAGAAUUGUAUUAUGAGGAUAUUGUGUACCAGAGUACGAUCAACUAUACAUGUCAUGAUGGGUAUAUAAUGGCUGGAUCCAGCUCUUCUAUCUGCCAAGCCAAUGGAACAUGGAGCACACCAACACCAGAAUGCAUAGCUGUGACCUGUGGUCUUGCGCCAAUCCCAGAGUUUGGGAAAAUCAUUUACAACUCAAGAGUCAGAGGGAACACCACUGACUACGGCAUCACAGGGACAUACACAUGCCUGCCUCCAUAUGUACUUUUUGGCGAUGCAACAGCAGUGUGCACCACCAGUGGAGCCUGGACCAAGACACCUGAAUGUCGAAGGGUGACUUGCCCUCCACCAGAGAAUAUUGAAAGAGGCUACAUGUCAAACGAUGACCAGAGAGACUAUGACUACCAGGAGACCAUCAAAUACGGCUGUAAUGGAGAUUAUGUCAUAGAAGGAAGUUUGGAGAGUGUUUGCCAGCAGGAUGGGACUUGGUCUGCGAAGCCAUCCUGCAAGGGUCCUUGUAGGGUUGGAAUAAAAAGAGGGAGAAUAUUGUACAAAGGAAAGAAAAUAUGGAUUGGAAACUUUGAACCCAACAAAGUCUUACACAAGGAUAUUGUCUCAGUCUACUGCAUGAACAAGGACAGGAAUUGUGGUUAUGCUGUGUCAAUGCAGUGUAUCAAUGGAAAGCUCAUAAUUCCUGAAUGUUAUGAAGAGCCAGGCGCUACUUCUUAUUCACUUCAUUGGAGAUCGCUUCCAUCAGAAAUUAACCAGUGCUGAAGCAAAGGCAGCGUCACACUGAUGACAACUGAAGCACUGCAAAAUGACGCAGAUGUCGAUGCAUUCUGUUCACUGAUAUUAAAGAAUAUGGUUUGACUCAAUCGGCAUUUAUAUUGCACAAAAUGUAAUUCAGUAAUUAAUCCUGGCUGUUAAAAUGUUUUUGGGGGUAUUUUAUUUUCUGUUGAUAAUUCAGUUAUGAAAUUAACCUCCUAAGAAGUCAAUAUUCAGUAUACAUGGGCAGUUAUUAAACACAGUAAUUAAAAUGUGUGGUGAUUAAUUAAUGCAACCAAAGGUAGACCUUUCCUGUAUUGUAAUGUAACCAGGUAUUUUCUCACUGUUUCCCAAAUAUGAGGAGUUAGGUAUGUUUGACUUAAUUUUUCACAGCUAAAUUGUCAUGAACUGAACAAUGUUGUGCUAAUAAGAAUAAAAUUAACUAAAAUGACA